UUCAUCUGUACAUCAGGCAAUUUGACAGUUACAAAAGAAUAUCUGAGGCUGAGGGAUACGCUCUGUUUGUGGUUUGCGCGGCUAAUUGGGUUCUUGGGUUUGUCCGUCCAUGGUUGACAGAUUUUUUGGUUUGACAGUUAGUGUAAAAAUGGAGUUUUGAGUUUUGACACAAGUUUGACACGGUGCUUGAAUUUAAAAGUUAAUUUAUCUAAAAAUAUAGAUGAUAGUGUUAUCUCACUGCUAUCAUUAUGCAGUUUGUGCAUUAAAAAGUGUAAAUCAAAUUUUGAUAUAGCAAGAAACAUAUAUGCAUUGUUGUUAAAUAAUAACAAAUCGUAGUCAUGGCGGACCCCCUGAGUUUACUUCGACAGUAUAACGUAAAUAAAAAAGAAAUUAUUGAGCGUGACGGUCAAAUAAUAUUUGGCGAGUUUUCGUGGCCCAAGAAUGUUAAAACAAAUUAUCUUAUGUGGGGAUCUGGGAAGGAAGGCAGCGAGAAAGAAUACUAUACUCUGGAAUGUCUGCUGUAUAUCCUAAAACAUGUAACAAUUAAUCACCCUGUGUAUGUCAAGCAAGCAGCUGCAGCUAAUAUUCCACCUGUACGCCGUCCUGAUCGUAAAGAGCUGCUUGCUUACCUAAAUGGUGAAACAGCCACCUGUGCGUCAAUAGAUAAAAGUGCACCAUUGGAAAUACCAACCCAGGUUAAACGUUCACAUGAUAAUGAUAGUGGAGAAUCAGCUGCAAAAAAACCUCGCAUUGAGGAGACGCAUGUACAAAAGGUUCGUGAACAGCUGGCGGCACGGUUGGAUGCACCUAAAGAGGCCUCAGUCACUGUUGAUAACAUAAAAUCAUUGUCUGAGGCUAUGUCAGUAGAGAAAAUUGCAGCAAUCAAAGCUAAACGUUUAGCCAAGAAAAGGACUACUAUAAAAAGCAAUGACUAUGCAGACACGUUGGGUGUUGUUGGUUCUGACCUUAGAGCCAUUCUUGACUAUGAUGUGGAUCUCACUAAAGAUAUUAUUAGUCGGGAGAGGCAAUGGAGAACUAGGACCACAGUAUUACAGAGCAAUGGAAAGACAUUUGCAAAAAGCAUUUUAGCUCUGCUAAGUAGUAUAAAAGCUCGUGAGGAGGGCAGGCCUGGAAUACCAAGACCACAGCCAAUUGUGAUGCCUCCGCCUACCACAAUACCAACGCAACAGACGCAGUACAACAGAUAUGAUCAGGAACGAUUCAUUAGGCAAAAGGAAGAAACUGAGGGCUUCAAAAUUGACACUAUGGGUACAUACCAUGGUAUGACCCUGAAAUCCGUGACUGAGGGCCCUAGUGUGCCUGUACCAGCGCGUGCACCUCAAACUCCAACCCACCCAAGACAAAUGCAACAAAACGGUUCCGUUCCUGGAACGCCAGGUAGACGCGAUCUGCUGCCAGUCGCGGCUGCACGCGCGCCCACGGGAGGUGCCAAGCGACCCUCACGUACGCCUAUAAUCAUCAUCCCCGCCGCCGGCACUUCUCUCAUCACCAUGUACAACGUUAAAGACAUGCUUCAAGAUCUCAAAUUUGUACCAGUUGAGCAGAAGAAAACCGAAGGAGCAGUUCGUGAGAACGAAGUAUUAUUACAAAGGAGAAAAGGUCCACAAACCGAUCAAGUGCCCAACAAUGCCACGACGAUAACGGUGCCAUAUCGCGUGGUGGACAAUCCAAGUAGGUUGUCGGCCGCGGAGUGGGACCGUGUGGUGGCCGUAUUCGUGCAAGGACCGGCUUGGCAAUUUAAAGGAUGGCCCUGGGAUGGUAAUCCGGUUCAAAUCUUCGCUAACAUAUGCGCGUUUCACCUUAAGUUUGACGAAAUGAAGUUAGACGCAAAUGUGGCUCGCUGGGCCGUGACAGUUAUCCACCUGAGUCGUACCAAGCGGCAUUUGGACCGUGCCGCACUACUAGGCUUCUGGGAGACCCUGGACAAGCACAUGAUGAAGAAUAAACCACACUUAAGGUUCUGAUUUCGUUUUAGUGUUAGAGUUAUAGAAUUUUAUCCAAUAGACUGUCUAUUAAUGAUAUUGUGUGAAUACCCGGACGCCUUAUAGCAAAGAGAAUCUAAGUCAAUUCAGCAUACCAUUUAAGGAAUAUUUUGGCUCAAUACUAACUAGCUUUGCAAUAUUAAUAAUAUAUCUCGAAUUAUUAUAUAAUUAGUUUUUUUUUAACAUAGAUUCGCUGCUGUCUCAAGUUGUAUAUGAGCAUGCGGAUAGAAUAGUAAAUGCAGCAAUAAAAUCUCAUUGUAAUGGCAGAACCACACUGCUUUAUUCGACUUCACGAACUUCGUGCGUUUCAAUAUUCGGUAUCAGCCAAUCAGCGGGGCGGUACAGUUGACUACCAGCGCGAAGCUACACUCGCAGCUAACUUCCGCGGCGUCAUAAAGUUUUAAUCGAACUAUUAUUCGCAUGAAAUUUUAUUACGUGCACGGAAUUGCAACAAUGUCCUGUGAAAGAAUUGGCGUAGCUCAAUUGAGUGCUCAGAAUCAACUCUAGGGUGCACGACACUACACUACACUCAGUAUGAGUGUAACUACAAUUAAAGCCUUACUACCAUCACUUAAAACAGUGUUAUUUUAUUUCAGUUUAUUUGAAACACCUUGACGACUUAAAAAUAAGGAUUAUAAUUCUGUAACAGAACAAUAAUUUCUAAAAACAGUACUUUAAGCGAUGAUGGUUAGGCCCAAGAAUGAUAUCUUCUUAACGUUUAUACGCAGGCUACCACUAAAGUACACUAAAUUCAUAUCAUGUCUUAUAAUGGUUAAUGUCAUAUCUCAUUCCAAAUGAAUUGUUAUAGUUAUCCAUAAAAAAUGUUGUUUCAUCUAGUUAGUGUAAGUGGCCAUACCGUGCUAACAAGAUGUAAAAAUAAAUGAACAAUGUUAUCCCCUUUUUAAAGGUAAACUCAGUCAGUCUCUCUGAGUAUCCGCACACUCUCAGAGACACGUUUGCGUAUUUGUUAUAUUAGACUUACGGACACUUAGGUGAGAUGACAUGUUUGUUGUUCGCACACAAAAAAUAUUUGUGCUACUAUGGCCUGGUGGACAGCGCAUAGCAGUGUGGUUUCUUCCAUGUUUACCAAUAGAAUAUACAAAUUUCAUUAAACAUUUUAUGUUACUGUUACUAUUACUCGUUAAAUUACCAGCUGCCGAUUCACUAAGUUUUUCAAGAAUUCCUAAGCCAUCCCCAUACAGAACAUGCGAUGCGUUGACAUCUGCUAUCAAAUCAUGAGCUUUGUUUUGAAGACGAAAAAUAAGAAAAAGUUUAUGAAUCGAGCAACAGUUGUAAUCACUACAGACAAUUCUGGUAUCGUCUUGUUACGUCGCCUUACUAGUUAAUGAUAAAUUCAUCCUAUUCACUUUUUAAAAAAAUUAGAUACGUUAGCCUAAUUAUGUCCGAUUUCAAUUUUUUUUUUUUAAAUAUUUACAAACACAAAAUACCACACUUGUGACAAGAACCAUAGACAAGUUAGGUUGUAUGAGUUGUCUAGAGAAAAUCGAUUGAGAAAGGUAAAUUUAUGCCUAGGAAUGCUCUUUGAUUAGGCGUUUUAUUUUAGGCGUUGCCCUGUUAGUUAAAACGGGUAUUUUUUGGUUAACGUGGCUACCUUUUUUCAAUAAAGUAAGAAGUCAAAAAUUAACAAUAAAACCUUCAAAUGCAUUUUUACUACCUUAUUGCUCGCAUAAAGUAUAAAAUAUGUUCGACCGAAAUAAGCAAUGCUUUAUUAAAGAAUAGGUGGCAUAUCCCAUCUUAUUCGCUAACAGUAUUUGCGCAAAUCCCUACUUGUAAAGCGUUUAACUCCCGUGAUAGUUGAGUUUAUAUAUCGUCCGUGAACUUUUGUCACCCUCUGUAAUUUUAGCAAACUUUAAUUGUUUAACCUUUCCAACUACCAUAAAACUCAAAAUGUUACCUAAUUUGCAAAAUUAAUAGAUAAAAAGAAUUCCUUCAGAGAAGUUGUCGCAUAAAAAAAACCCAAGCAAAUAUUUUAUUAUUAUUAUUUAGAGCACUUUACACGUACGUAGUAAAUAAAUCACUAGAAUAAACCUCCAGUAAAAUUUGUGUAUCAGUUAUAGGCUUGUCAACAAGUUAAAAAACGUGUUAAUUCUUGGUCAAGCUGCUAAAAAUAUCAUGUGAUGCGGAAUGAGAAAUGUAUCGACAGUAUAUAUAUAAAAUUGCAAUUAUUAUUAACUAAAAAAAAAGAUAGUAUUUAGUUUGUUUUUUACUUUCAGUAUUAAUUAAUAACAUUUGAGGAAUUUUGAAUAACGACAAAUUUAAGAGAGGGAAAUUUCCAGUAAAUAAGUCCCGCCUCUCACCAUUCUAUCCUCAUUAUUUGUAAUCUUUAUUCAACGCCGAAAAUAGGUAUUUUUGGUGGAAGUGUAGCGGCCGCGCGGAGACCUAUUUCCGGCGUUCAAUAAUAAUUAUAACUAAUGAAAAUAGAAUACAACAAGAAUACAUUAAGAAUUAACAAGUUUUUGAGCUUGUUGACUAGACGUUUAUGAGAUCUCAGUAGUUCACGGACGAAAUAUAACUAUAUAUUAAUUGGUAAAAUAAAAUCAUUACUCUUAAUUAAUACUCCUCAACCAACACUACGUGAUAAUUCCUAUAGUGUAUAGAAUUUAACUGUGAUAAUAACAAAAUAUGGAUCUAAAUAUUGUCCAAUAUUUUUACUAUAAAUUGUACCCAUAUACCAUUUUUCAGACAUGCCGUAUAUCUACUUAUACUAAUAUAUUAUUAUAUUAUAUAUGUUAUUAUGU